CACAUAUUUCAAAAUCGUAGUGAGUCAGGUUGCUUAUGGACUCUUUCGUUUCUUAUUUCAACGAAUCUUCCACCAAUCGAGAAAUGAAGCUAAACGUGCGUCUUCCAUCUUCAUGCGUAUGAAUAUAUACUCUCCAUCUUCCUCCCAGACUAUUAUGCCGUUUGUGCAUUCAACAGGGGAAGGGAAAAACUUAACCCUCUGAAAGUUGGAAUAUUGAUUGGGAUCGAAUCCACUCUGAAAGUUGGGCACUUGAUUAAUUUGGGAUCGAACACACAACCUACUUGAUGAGUUCGUCAAUUAGAUUAGAUGGCGGCGAGUCAUGGACGGGCAGCCUGCGGCAGGGGAGUAAGAGACUGUUUGAGAGCAGCAGCAGUGUUUUCUCUCAGCAAACCCACCGCGAAGAUGAUGCUGAGGCACUCAAAUGGGCCGCCAUUGAAAGACUUCCCACCUAUGAUCGCCUCAGAACUUCCAUUCUUAAGAAUGUGAGUCAGAACAAUGGUGGAAUUCACAUUCUGGAUGAGAUAGAUGUGACGAAUAUGGAGCUCGAGACUCGACAGCAAUUGAUGAACAGGCUUGUCAAAGUUGCAGAUCAGGACAACGAACGCCUUCUUGAAAGGCUUCGCCAAAGAAUCGACAGAGUGGGGAUUAAAUUGCCCGAGGUUGAAGCGCGUUUCCAGAACUUGAAUAUUGAAGUAGAUGUUCAUGUUGGGGGAAGAGCGUUGCCUACAUUGUACAACUAUGCCGCCAAUAUCAUGGAGGGAUUAUUCCAAUCGCUUCAUUUAUACAAGGGAAACAAGACAAGCAUGACCAUUCUUCAUAGUAUGAGUGGUGUGGUCAAGCCUGGAAGGAUGACACUUCUCCUUGGACCUCCUGCUUCGGGAAAGACUAGUCUACUGUUGGCUCUUACAGGAAAGCUCGACAAAAGUCUCAGAGUUGAUGGAUCAGUGACAUUCAAUGGGCAUAACAUGGAAGAGUUUGUGCCACAAAGAACAUCAGCUUACAUUAGCCAACACGAUAUGCACAUUGGUGAGAUGACUGUGAAGGAAACCUUGGACUUCUCUGCCCGCUUCCAGGGUGUCGGAUCCAGAUAUGAUGUUUUGGCUGAACUUUCACGGCGAGAAAAAGAAGCGGGAAUCAAACCAGAUCCAGACAUAGAUAUAUUCAUGAAGGCAACUGCAAUGAAGGGGCAAAAGUCCAAUUUGAUUACAGAUUAUAUCUUAAAGAUAUUGGGGUUGGACAUAUGCGCUGACACCAUGAUAGGAGAUGCAAUGCGGAGAGGUAUUUCUGGUGGUCAGAAGAAGAGAGUUACAACAGGGGAGAUGAUUGUUGGAGCUGCAAAUGCCCUAUUCAUGGAUGAGAUUUCCACUGGUUUGGACAGCUCUACAACAUUUCAGAUUGUGAAAUGCCUGCGGCAAUACGUUCAUGUCUUCAAUUCCACCAUGGUGGUUUCACUAUUGCAACCUGCCCCUGAAACAUACGAUCUCUUCGAUGAUGUAAUCCUACUUUCUGAAGGCUAUCUCGUUUACCAAGGUCCACGAGAGUCUAUUCUCGAGUUCUUUGAGUCCAUGGGAUUCAGAUGCCCCGACAGGAAGGGUGUUGCAGAUUUCUUGCAAGAGGUGACUUCACUUAAAGAUCAAGAACAAUACUGGGCAGACACAAGGCAGCCAUAUCGUUUUGUAACAGUCAAGCAGUUUUCAGAUGCAUUCCAAUCUUUCCACGUUGCUACCAAAAUUAAUGGGGAACUAUCGAUUCCAUAUGAUAAAAGCAAGUCUCAUCCAGCUGCACUCACCAAAGAGAAAUUCGGUUUAGGGAAAAAGGAGCUUUUGAAAGCAUGUCUUGAUAGAGAAAUUUUGCUCAUGAAGAGGAGCUCCUUCAUCUAUAUCUUUAAAUCCUCUCAGAUAACUCUGCUGGCUUUGAUGGCUUCUAGUGUCUUCUUUCGAACUAAUAUGCAUGAAAGAAAUCUCGACGAUGGAUCCAUCUACUUUUCAGCUCUCUUCUUUGGGCUGAUCCAAGUGUUUUUUAACGGCAUGGCAGAAUUGCAAAUGACACUCGACAAACUUCCAGUAUUUCACAAACAUAGAGAUUUCAAGUUCUUCCCUGCCUGGGCCUAUUCUCUUGCCACUUGGAUCAUGAGGAUUCCUCUGUCUCUAUUGGAAUCUACAAUAUGGACCGUUUUGACAUACUAUAUCAUUGGUUUCGCCCCAAAUCCACAGAGGUUUUUUCAACAGUUGUUGCUCUACAUUGCAGUUUCUCAGUCAGCACUAGGGCUGUUUCGAUUCAUAGCAGCUGUAGGACGGAAUCGAAUAAUUGCAAACACUUUUGGUUCAUUUGCCAUCUUGAUUUGUUUUAUUCUUGGAGGAUUCAUCAUCUCCAGAGAUGACAUUAAAAGCUGGUGGAUAUGGGGUUACUGGAUCUCUCCUCUCAUGUACGCUCAAAAUGGUAUGGCAGUAAACGAGUUCUUGGCAAGCAGAUGGCAAAAGGACAACAUCGGUGUCCAAUUAAUGCGCUCUCGCGGACUGUUUUCUGAUGACUGGUGGUAUUGGCUAUCCAUUGGAGCGCUCUGUGGGUACAAUAUUCUCUUUAAUGUUCUAAACACAGCGGCGUUACAUUAUCUUGAUCCACUUGGAAAGCCUCAGGCUCUAAUUUCAGAGUUGGAGUUGAAACAAAAGAAAGAAUCUACAAUCGGUACUCAAGGUAGAAUUGUAGGACAGAGAAAUAGCAAUGUUUCAAACAAUUCUGACCACAGUGCGGACGGCAAGAAAGGAAUGGUUCUACCCUUCCAACCUCUGGCCAUGGCCUUUGACAACAUCAACUAUUAUGUUGACAUGCCCGCUGAAAUGAAGAUUCAAGGAGUUACAGAGGACAGGCUCCAGUUAUUGAAAGGGAUAAGUGGGUCAUUCAGGCCCGGAGUUUUAACAUGCUUAAUGGGGGUAAGUGGGGCUGGGAAGACGACCUUGAUGGAUGUUCUUGCAGGAAGGAAAACUGGAGGGUACAUUGAGGGUUCCAUUACCAUAUCUGGUUAUCCCAAGAAACAAGAAACAUUUGCUCGCAUUUCUGGCUACUGCGAACAAACUGAUAUUCAUUCUCCCUAUGUGACUGUUUAUGAAUCCCUAAUAUACUCUGCUUGGCUUCGUCUUCCCAAGGACGUAGAUAGAAAAACAAGAGAGAUGUUCGUGGAUGAAGUAAUGGAGCUUGUAGAACUAACCAACUUGAAAGGAGCUCUGGUUGGACUUCCUGGAGUUAAUGGGUUGUCCACGGAACAAAGAAAGAGGCUAACAAUUGCAGUGGAACUGGUCGCAAAUCCUUCAAUUAUUUUCAUGGAUGAGCCAACAUCUGGACUUGAUGCAAGAGCUGCCGCAAUUGUUAUGCGAACAGUUCGCAAUACAGUGGAUACAGGACGGACUGUUGUGUGCACCAUACAUCAACCUAGUAUUGAUAUAUUUGAAGCCUUUGAUGAGUUGGUGCUGAUGAAGCGUGGAGGGCAGAUGGUAUAUGUAGGACCUCUGGGUCACAAUUCAAAAGAUCUAAUAGACUAUUUCGAGGCGAUCGGAGGAGUUCCCAAAAUUACAGAGGGUUACAAUCCGGCGACAUGGAUGUUAGAAUCAAGCUCAACUGGAGUUGAAAUGCAUCUUGGGGUUGAUUUUGCAGACAUCUACCGGAAUUCAUCUCUUUACCAGCAAAAUCAAGCAUUGGUGAAGGAACUUGGCAUACCAGCUCCGGGGUCAGAGGAUAUUUACUUUGAAUCACAAUUCUCGCAACCUUUUGUGACACAGACAUGGGCUUGCUUGUGGAAGCAGAACUUGUCAUAUUGGAGAAACCCAGAGUACAAUGCAAUUCGUUUCUUUUUCACACUAGCCACAGCUCUGAUCUUUGGCACAAUUUUCUGGAGAAUUGGCGGGAAAAUAGAAAAGCAGCAAGAUCUGAUGAAUGCAAUGGGAUCCAUGUUUUCGGCUGUAUUAUUUAUCGGCAUGAAUAAUGCAUCAACAGUUCAGCCCGUUGUAGAUGUGGAAAGAACAGUCUUCUACAGAGAAAAAGCAGCAGGGAUGUAUUCAGCCCUGCCCUAUGCCUUUGCUCAGGUUCUCAUAGAGAUACCCUACGUAUUUCUCGAAGCGUUAUUGUAUGGAGUAUCGGUGUAUGCAAUGAUGGACUUCAAAUGGCAGGCAGCAAAAUUUUUCUGGUUUCUGUUUUUCAUGUUCUUCACAUUCUUAUACUUCACAUUCUACGGGAUGAUGGCUGUCUCUCUUACUCCUAAUGCAAACAUAGCUGCAAUUGUGUCCACGGCUUUCUAUUCAAUCUGGAUGCUUUUCUGUGGCUUCUUAAUUCCUCGCAAGAAAAUCCCGGUGUGGUGGAGAUGGUACUACUGGGGAUCCCCUGUUGCAUGGACUCUGUAUGGAUUGAUCGUAUCACAAUAUGGAGACAUCACAGAUCAAAUGUCAAGGGUAGACGGCACGACAGAAACAGUGAAGGAGUUCUUGAGGAAUUAUUUUGGAUUUAGACAUAGCUUCUUAGGAGCUACUGCAGGUGUUACAGUGGGAUGGGGUAUUCUUUUUGCCUUCAUCUUUGCCUUUGCCAUCAAAACUCUCAACUUCCAAAACAGAUAAUGAGACCAAAAGAGAUGAGAGAAGUCGAGCAUAAAUUCUUGCAUGUAUGCAUAGCAUAAAUUCUUGCAUGUAUGCAUAGCAUAAAUUCUUUCAUAUAUGCAUAGAAUUAUUUGAGGUGCCUCCUUAAGCAGUCUACAGAUCAACCAGAGAAGAUAUAUGCAUGACACAAGCAAACGGUGUUUGAAAUGUAAUUUGUUUAUUAGGGUUUUCCUUAAUAAUUCUUCCUUUUAAAAGAAUAUUCUCAUAAUUAAAGAAAUAUUAUUA